AUGUUAACAAGGAAGGGAACUGUUGUCAGAAUCAAAAGAGGUUCUCUGAGGGGGUCACGAAGAUCACGUCGGUCCGUGAAAUCAGUUACAAGUUGUGCAUCUGACUCUUUCCGGCUAAAACACACAGAAAAUAGCAGCACUUUUGAACUGAAUGAAUAUGUGAAAUGUGAGGAGGAUACAAAAGUAAGGACAUUAGCGGACGUCAUUUUGUCAUUUGACGAUGAGAGACAGCUGGUGCGUACGUCAGUUGGUGUGGACUAUCAGAUGAGUGCAGAAAAUCAGCCAGAUUAUGGGUCUUUUAUGUAUGAGAUCAGAGAAGCCGACAACGAUUCGGAAAAUGUUAUCGAGUUUUGCUGUAAAACUUCAAAUAUUAUUUGUAACUCAUUGGUAGUUACGGUUUGUGUAGGACUGUCAAUUGCCAUUCCAGUUGCAAUGAUUUCGAUAGGAGUCAAAAAUCUAGAGGAUUGUCCGAAAGAACCUCGGAUUCCAGUCUAUCUGCUCGUUGGUGGCUGUUUUGGAAUGAUCAAACUGCUUUCAACGCUUUGGAGAAACAUUCAAAUUCGUCGCUAUGAAGAUAUGGAUACGGAAUUUGGUGAUAGUGAUUCUGACGAAGCAUUCGCUAAUAAAACAUACCGUACCAUGGAUACAUUGUUGUUCUUAUUCCUUGUUGGCUGGCAAAUUGUGGGAACUUACUGGACGUUAACUAUUUGGACACCUUCUUUUAAACAGACUCUACAUGAACCGAGUAAUUGGUGUGAUAAAACAGUUUAUUAUUUUACAGUUUCCCAAUUAUGUGGAUCAUAUAUUGUUAUGAUAGUGUACGCAAUGUUUUUAGGUGUACUUGUGUGUACUCAAAGAUGUUGUUAUAGAUAAACAAAAUACAUUACCAAAAUAUGUGACAUUCGAACAGUUAUUUCAAGACAAUAUAAGACAUUUCGAAGUAUAUUGAUGUGCAUGUGAAUGCGCAUAUCAAUGGAAUGUUGAAACGACCAUUCUAUCAUUGUUAAUUUUAAAUGAUUGUAUAAUAUGUUAUGUAUAUUGUUAUCUAAUGUGACUGAUAUUUAUUUGUUAAUGUUAUUGUUGUAUUUUUUCAAAGGAUUUACCUCUUAUACGCUUAAAUAAACUGUAAUUAAUUUAAAUCUACCUUGAAAACUAUUAUAACUGUAUAAUAAAUAAACAAAACUCUUCCAUGUGAUGCCAGAUUCAUUAUUUUAUGGGAUCUUUUACAAUCAUCAAGCGAGAUCGCAGAACUUAUCUGAAAUGUCAGGUUUAGAUUCGAGAUUAUGCGAGGUUUCAAUUGACACGACCUGUAAUAAUUAUACGUCAUUUUUCAAUCACAAUCAUAUAGUUUAAAGUAGGUUUUCCAGGUCGAAUUCACGACAAGACAUUAUUGCCAAAGCCAGGGUUUCGUAUGGGAGCAAUACAUGCAGAUACUUUCGUAAACAUUUCGAUACGAGAAUCUAAUACCGAUGUGCCAAAGAUUCUAGAAUCGUGUGACAGUGAUUAGGCAUUCUGGUUCGAAUUCUGAUAGUGUGAACCUAGCUUGACAUACCCGUAACUAUUUACAUCAUAACUGCUGCGAUUGCAUGGUGUAAAUUACCAGCAAAAUGGCAUUUAUGUUAUAGAUUAAAUAUUCUAUUCUUCACUACCAUUCUGUAGGACUAUUUUGUGUAUAUACUUUCUUCUUUGUUUCCAAAUUAUGUACAAUCAUAGUUUUAGUAUAUGAGUUGUUUGUAUUUAUGUUUUUUAUUUGGUGGAUAUAUGAGAGACGGAAAGUCGCCAAAAAUAAAUUUCUAUAUACAGUAUUUUGCACUGUUGAAUUUGUAUAUUUCACAGAGGAAGAAACCAGAUUCUGAAAAUUAUUUGACAAUCGUUUAACAGGUCAUUUGGCUCCUCAAAAUAUGUUACCAAACAAAUUACUC